AUGUCUGAUGCAGCAGAAACAACCCCUGCCCCUGAGGCGGAGACAAAAGCAGAGGCCGCCCCGGCCCCCGCCGCCGCCCCGGCCCCUCCCGUGAAAGAAGUCAAGAGCAUCGUGUUGACGGGGUUCGGAGGUGUGAAGAUGAUGAAGGUUCAGCAGAGACCGGAGCCUACCGCUGGCGACGAGGAGGUUUUGAUUCGCGUCAAGGCCUGCGGCAUGAGCUUUCCUGACCUCAUGGUGCGACAAGGGGUCAUCGACCACCCGCCCAAGACGCCGGUGAUUCUGGGCUUCGAGUGUACCGGUGUUGUGGAGGUGGUCGGCGCCAACGUCACUGGAUUUAGU